GCGGUACCGCGGCCGCCGCGGCCCUAGGGAUGGGCGGAGCCCCGGCCGCUGGUGCUGGUGGCCGCGGCCGCUGCCGGAGCCCGAGCCUGAGCCGCCGCCUCUGCUGCCGCGCGUCGCUGCUUCGCCAGGCGGGGGAAUGCUGGGGAAAGGGGGAGUCGGCGGUGGCGGCGGCACCAAGGCGCCCAAGCCUUCUUUCGUAUCGUACGUGCGUCCUGAGGAAAUUCACACAAAUGAAAAGGAAGUAACAGAGAAGGAAGUCACUCUUCACUUGUUGCCAGGUGAACAACUGCUUUGUGAAGCCAGCACAGUCCUGAAGUAUGUGCAGGAAGAUUCCUGUCAGCGCGGUGUCUAUGGGAGACUCGUCUGCACUGACUUCAAGAUUUCCUUCCUGGGGGAUGACGACUCAGCCUUGGAUAACGGCGGUGAAACUCAGUUUAAGAAUAAGAUAGUAGGAGAAAAUGAUGUUCCCCUUCACUGUGUGGAUCAGAUUUAUGGAGUGUUUGAUGAGAAAAAGAAGCCUCUGUUUGACCAACUGAAGAAAUACCCAGAGAAGCUUAUUAUCCACUGCAAAGAUCUGCGGGUGCUACACUUUUGUCUGAGGUACACAAAGGAAGAGGAAGUCAAAAGGAUUGUCAGUGGCAUAAUCCAUCAUACUCAGACUCCUAAACUGCUGAAAAGACUGUUUCUGUUUUCCUAUGCAGCUGCUGUGCACAGCACAGCCACUGAUCCCAGCAAUCACACUGUAAUGUUUGACACACCUAAAGACUGGUGUUGGGAGCUGGAGCGGACCAAGGGUAGUGUGAAGUACAAGACAGUGAGUGUGAAUGAAGACUACAGGAUCUGUGAGAGGUUGCCCGCCUACUUUGUUGUCCCUGGUCCCCUACUCGAAGAGGAUGUGCGGCGUUUUCAGGGCCAUGGCAUACCAAUCUGGUGUUGGUCCUGCCACAAUGGAAGUGCCCUUUUGAAAAUGUCAGCACUGCCCAAAGAGCAGGACGAUGGUGCUCUGCAGAUCCAGAAGAACUUCUUGGACGGAAUUUACAAGACCAUUCACAGGCCACCCUAUGAAAUUGUUAAAACCGAAGAUUUAUCAAGCAACUUCCUGUCCCUGCAGGAAAUCCAGAAUGCAUACUGUAAAUUUAAGCAGCUGUUUCUGAUAGAUAACAGUACAGAAUUCUGGGACACAGAUAUAAAGUGGUUUUCUCUCUUAGAAAGCAGCAGCUGGCUUGAUAUAAUCAGACGCUGCCUGAAGAAAGCAAUAGAGAUUACAGAAUGCCUGGAAGCACAGAACAUGAAUGUUCUGCUCUUGGAAGAGAACGCGUCUGACCUCUGCUGCCUCCUCUCCUCUCUGGUGCAAGUGAUGAUGGACCCCCACUGUCGAACCAGGACUGGGUUCCAGAGCCUCAUCCAAAAGGAAUGGGUCAUGGGUUGCCACUCUUUCUUGGAUCGCUGUAACCAUCUCCACCAGAAUGACAAAGAGGAGGUCCCCGUGUUCCUGCUUUUCUUAGAUUGUGUCUGGCAGCUGGUGCACCAGUACCCCCCAGCAUUUGAGUUCACAGAAACUUUUCUGACUGUUUUGUCAGAUAGCUUAUAUAUACCUAUUUUCAGCACCUUCUUCUUCAAUUCGCCUCAUCAAAAAGAUACUAACAUGGGUAGGAAAAGUGUGAAUCCACAAAGCAAGCCUUUGACUCUGCUCACCGUGUGGGAUUGGUCAGUACAGUUUGAACCCAAAGCACAGACAUUGCUCAGAAACCCUCUCUAUGUGGAAAAGCCAAAAUUGGACAGGGGCCAGCGGAAAGGAUCACGUUUCAAACAUCAACGACAACUUUCUUUGCCACUUACCCAGUCUAAGUCAUCUCCCAAAAGAGGAUUUUUCAGGGAAGAAACAGAUCAUUUAAUCAAAAACCUUCUAGGCAAGAGAAUUAGUAAGCUUAUUAACUCUUCCGAUGAGUUCCAGGACAACUCUCGAGAGUUUUAUGACAACUGGCAUAGUAAGCCCACAGACUACCAUGGGUUGUUACUGCCUCACAUCGAGGGGCCAGAAAUCAAGGUGUGGGCCCAGCGCUACUUACGUUGGAUUCCAGAAGCCCAGAUCCUGGGUGGUGGCAGAAUGGCUACUAUGAGCAAACUCUUGGAAAUGAUGGAGGAAGUGCAGAGCUUGCAGGAGAAAAUCGACGCGAAGCCCCACAGACAGGAGGCUGUGCAUACACAGGCACCGUGCCUGCUCAGGAACUCUGCCCGCUUGUCCUCCUUGUUCCCGUUUGCACUGCUCCAGCGACACUCAUCCAAGCCUGUCUUACCCACCAGUGGGUGGAAAGCUCUGGGGGGUGAAGAUGACCUGGCCAAACGAGAAGACGAGUUUGUGGACCUAGGGGAUGUGUGACCUGUCUCCUCAGGGACUGUGAAAGAGGCAUGCCAGAGGGUGGGACAGUUGUUCCCUGGACUGGUGUCGUGUUAGCCCAGUGCUGUGCAGAAGAAAGCGGAGGCUUUCGGGAAGAGAACUGCUUCUUUUCUUUCCCAGGUCUGAAAGAUGAUGCAAUUAAAGCCGUGCCUCUAGUAUUCAUAGGAAGGAGUUCCUCCUUGACCUGUCAUAGGAUUGGGGUUGCUUCCUGACGCCUGUAUAAUAUGUACACAAAACGCCUCACGGCCAGAUUGCAGUGAGAGCUUCCUCCUUCUGUCUUUUCUGUGCCAAGAUAAUUACGUAGCCAUUGGGAACAAGAGCAAGGUCAGCUUUAUGUGGUGUCUGUAAAUGGAGAGACAGAGGUAUUAAGAUACGUGCUUUGACUUAUACCACAGCAUAUUCCAGCGCACCCCUCGGCACACGCGUGCACACACACAUGCACACACACAGUAGAAAAGCUGGAAACUUCCACUGGUGUCAUUCUAACAUUCAGUCCCUCCUUCCCGGACUGUAACAAGGCGGGGUGGUGGCAGCCACCUACCCUCUUUCCUUUGCUGACAUUCCCACUUCCUUCUUCCUGCUCCAUGUCAUCUGCACUGGCCACCAUGGUGCAAAUCAUCCCAGUGUCUUGCUGCUGACCUGUUGAUUAACUGGGGGGAUCCCUUUGUCUUCCCAGGGGAGUGCCCGUUCCUUGGAAGCCCUCCGUUUUGAGCUUGCAUUUUGCCCUCUACUUAUGUAUGGAGGCUCAUGGCACCUGGACUGUGCCUCCCUGCAGCCCCUCAGCUGCUCCCCUCGCCUUCCCCAUUGCUGUCCUAGAUGCUGGGGUAGGCAGGUCACUUUUGAAUGUGGCUUUCACAGGAAAGCAAUCUUGAGUGUCAGACGCGAUUAUCACGGGAUGCCUCAGUGACUUAAAAAGCCAUAGAAGAAACUCAGCUCUGCCUGGCCACCUUGGAUCUGCUGUUUUAAAGAUUUCUAUUUUUUUAGGGUUUGAAAGUCUACUUUGUAAGGAUCAGUCCUGUCGCUCUCAUGGAGCUAGGUCCAAUCCCACAGAAGGCACGGAGCGUGGAGAGUGGGAGGGGCAAGAGACCUCAUCCGAGAAUGUCUCAAGAGUUUGCCUUUCCACAUUUGCUGUUCGGGAGCGAUCCUGUUGAGGAAAUCUUUCUGUUGCUCACAGGCAAUAAGGUGUUUUGAAACUUCACAAAGAGUUCCUUCUGAUUUGCACUGAAUCAUCUUCUGUACAUAGUGAUCAUUUUUCCUCUUCUCCCCUCCACACCACUGCACAGGCCAGGUUGGUGUGUGGAGUCGGCAUGAUGAGGGGAGGUCAGGAUUUAUGUUUCUAGGGCCAAAUGCACUCAGUCUUGGUUGCCUUAAGAGUCUCUCAGGCCAGGUCCGUGCUCAGCCUGUGAUAGGGAAUUCUAAAACAUGCAAGUCCUUAGCUCCCUCAGCUCGCAUCUUCGAGCUUACUAAACUAUCGGUAACCGCCACUCCCUCUCUGCCACUACUUCCUAAAUACGCAGCAGAGAGAACUAUUUUUGUUACCAUAUUAUAACGUGAAUAUUUCUAUGGUAGCCUCUACCAUCUUAGUGAUUUCCUUUCCAAAAUGCCUCAUGUGAUGUUUCAUGCCUCACAAGAUGUGGUUUAAGGCACAAGGUCAUGACCCUUCUUAUAGCAGUUGAAUGUGCAUUGAAAUAUUUUUCUAUUUUUUUAAAAACCCCAAUAGUAAAAGUAAGCAAGCUGUUGUAACCUAUGUGGUCAUGACAGUUUAUGUAUUUAUAUUUGAAACCAGAUUUCUAUAACUUGUAUUUGUGUAUAGAACUUUCCAUGGGUUUAUAUAUUGUUAAUUUUUAUCCAAGACUGAGAUGUGGAUUGUGUUUAACAUUAAAAGAUAAAAUAAGACCAUUUGUUUAAAAUGCACUGUGCAAGUUUGGAAGUGUAUAUUGAUAACUUACUGUAUAUAAUACCUGGCGUUUGUUUAUACCUCCAAGUUUUUACACUGAAGAUAAGCUAGCUUUAAUUAAACUCAAAAAUGUUAAGGGGAUGAGCUGUUAGGCUGAGUCAGUAUAAACGCGCAGUUUAUUUUCUGGUGUUAAUGAAAGUUUAUACUCAUGUCUCACAGCCCUGUAGCUGACUGCAGAGAUUAAACACAGCUUAGAAGCAGCACUGUGA